CCAAAAGAAAUGAUAGCCGGAAACCACUCCACAGUCACUGUGUUCAUCCUUGCUGGAUUGACAGAUGCACCAGAACUACAGCUGUCUCUCUUCUUCCUCUUCCUUGGAAUCUAUGUAGUAACAAUGGUGGGGAACCUGGGCAUGAUCACUCUGAUCCUCCUCAGCUCCCACCUCCACACCCCCAUGUACUUUUUCCUCUGCAGUCUGUCCUUCAUUGACCUCUGUCAUUCCACGGUCAUUACCCCCAAAAUGCUGGUGAACUUUGUAACAGUGAAGAACAUCAUCUCCUACCCUGAAUGCAUGACUCAACUUUAUUUCUUUCUCAUUUUUGUUAUAUCAGAAUGUCAUAUGUUGGCUGCAAUGGCAUAUGACCGUUAUGUUGCUAUCUGUAACCCAUUGCUUUACAAUGCUAUGAUGUCCUAUCAAGUCUGUUUCUGGCUGAUAUUUGGAGUGUAUGGUAUGGGUUUGAUUGGUGCCACAGCUCACACAGUCUGCAUGCUAAGAGUGCAUUUCUGUGAAGGUGAUGUAAUAAACCAUUACUUCUGUGAUCUUUUUCCACUCUUGGAGCUCUCUUGUUCCAGCACUUUUAUCAAUGAAGUUGUAGUCCUGUGUUUUAGUGCUUUUAAUAUCCUUUUCCCUACACUGAGUAUCCUGAGCUCUUACAUCUUCAUUAUUGCCAGCAUCCUCAAGAUUAAAUCCACUGAAGGAAGGUCCAAAGCCUUCAGCACCUGCAGCUCACACAUGUCAGCUGUUGCUGUGUUCUUUGGAUCUGCUGCAUUCAUGUACUUACAACCAUCGUCAGUCAGCUCCAUGGACCAAGGGAAAGUGUCCUCAGUAUUUUAUACUAUUGUUGUUCCCAUGCUGAACCCAUUGAUCUACAGCCUGAGAAAUAAAGAUGUCAAACUUGCUCUAAAGAAGUUAUAUGAAAAAAAUUCUCAUGAAUAA